AUGGUUCAUCAACAACAAAACGCCCAUGCUGGAGGCUCUUUGACCGAAAUGGCACCCACGGGCACCUCGAUCCCCAACGAUGCAAGCAAACAAAAUAUCAUUCCUUCAAUCCCACGCCUGGACCAACGUGGCAAAUCUUCCUAUUUCAGCUUCCAAGCUCCUGGAAGGCCGAUUACAGCCAAGGCAGCAGACAAUGCGAUCGACAUACCGCGUUCCACCUGCGACCGUGGACAGACGGGCGAAGUGAUGACUGGAACUGGUAAUACACUGCCUGCCGAGAUUGAGUCAAAAUAUAUGGGGAUGAACAUCUCAGAUCGCUCGAAUGAGAGGGAGCCUCAGAAUCAAGACUUUGAUGGGGAAUAUGAGAUGGAGGAGGAUCGGAAGAUUGGCAUUCAUCAGUUCUUUGGCAUUGAGGCUUCCUACUAG